AUGACCACCAAAGCCAACGCCCAUACCAACUUCACAGUUUUCAUUCGCCUACCAUUCCCUAGGGGGGCCUUUGUUGACCCACCACCUGUGGUAUGGAACGCGUCCAAGGACCAAGCACUAUGGGAUAUUCUCUCGCGGCCAUCGAAAGGAGACAUAGACUGGAAAGCCCUGGCAGAGGACUUUGAUGUUACUUUGCAGUUCCUCCUUCAGCAAGCAGCAUGGCUCUAUGACCGUCAGUUGUCACAGGUCCGGGCUCAGAUGCGCAAGGUUGGCACUGCACAGUCGCACUCUCCUUCUCCACUUCCAGGGUCUGUUUCUGGAAGUGCAGCCUUAGGCGGACAGCCACAGAGAGAAACUCCAGGAUCUCACGCGCCAUCAAGACACGUAUCUCAGCAAAAGGAUAUCCCCCAGCGAGCCCCCGAAAUCCGAGGUACGAGCCUUACUACAACAACGACCACUAACCAAACCCGUGGCCCUCGGGAUCCUGCACGCACUGUCACACCGACAGCCAAUGACAGAGAACCACGGUGGGAUUCUUUCGGUUGUCGGCCUUCCGCUAUCAGACGGGAACAGCCACCGGUCGCAUCCUUGCCCCGAUCACCCACGCUCGAUGGAGAAUUAUCAUCUAGUUUGUCUGAAGACUCUGAGUCCGACGAUGAAGUCCCAGGCAGACACGCACCCCUGUUCAAACGGUUUGGUAAAUUUUCUAUCCAACGUUCUGGUCUACGAGAUGACGAGGACGAUGAAGAUGAUACCCCAGCAUUCCUUCCCCUUUCCCGGGAGCCCGACCAUACUUACCAGGAGCGACCGGCCCAGGAGCUCAGCGCUACUCUUCGGUUAGACGCCGAGCGAGCAGCAGCGCAACGACGACGUCCCGAACAGCGGCCCGGCCCCCGGAUGCCAGUAACUACGGAGUCAUCUGGCAGCUCUAUGAGCUCCAAUGGGCCUGUCAGUCUAUCCGGCAGUAACCGCCGGAUCAGCCAGGCUCCACAGAUGAUGAUGAGCCCCCAGCGAGCUCUUGAGUCACGUCAAAACUCGCGCAAGUCUACUGCCUCCGGUCGUGAAACUAGCGAUGGUACCCCCAGCAUGGGGAGCAGCUUCAGUGACCUUGACGAUGCAAGCGUUACGCAAUCAGCCCUGGAAGAGGCGCUUCUCAGCAACAUGCAGCAUGGCGGAAUGGCGAGUCGGAUGAGCACCAUUAGCCAAGCGUUGCGCAGUCGAUAUCUGCAGUGA